AUGGAAGAGAAGAAGAUCGAGGCAGAUGUGAUUGAACCUCGGUGCGGUCAUCCGGACGGUACCCCGACGCCCGAGCGACGCCCGGUGACCGACGUGAAGACCCGGACGCGGACCGAUGCCUACAAUGUUGCCAUCAAUGCUUGUGGGGAAGACUGGCAAGCAGCCAUAGCUUUGCUUGUACAUCUGAAUGCUUCAAGACUCAAAGGAAGUGUGAUUUCCUACAACACCACGAUCAGCGCGACGGAGAAGGCUGGGCAGUGGCAAGUCGCGAUGCUCUUGAUGGAAGAGUUGACCUGCCAGAUGGUGCCCGACAUCAUCACCUACAAUGCCGUCAUCAGUGCAUGCGCGAAAGAUGGGCAAUGGCAACAGGCCAUGUGUUUAUACCAAGCGCUGCUGGGAAGCCGUUUGCAACCCACAGUGAUCACCUGUAGCUCCGUGGUCAGUGCCUGUGAAAAGGGUGGCCAAUGGCAUCGGGCCUUACGUUUGCUUGAAGAUCUUCCAAGAUCCAAAGUCCAGGCAAACAUCAUCACCUUCAACUCGGCCAUCAGUGCCUGUGAAAAGUGUGGGCAAUGGGGUGAAGCCUUGCGGCUCAUGGACGGGCUGAAGGAGCGUGGCCUAUCAGGUGAUGUCGUGACCUUUAACUCCACGAUCAGUGCCUGUGAGAAAGGCGCUGAGUGGCGCCAAUCCCUGCAUCAGAUGCGGAACCUGAGCCUCCGCCAUUUGAAGGCGAACGUGAUUAGCUACAACUCCAGCUGGAGUGCCCAGGAGGAGUGUGGCCAAUGGUUACAAGCCCUGCGAUCACUUGAACAACUUCAUCAAGAGGGCGUGUCAACAGGGAACCUGACCUGCAAUUCAGUGAUCAGUGCGUGUGAGAAGGCCAAUCAUUGGCCUCAUUCAUUGUGGCUUUUAGGCUAG